GCUGAGAGACCAGUGGUGGUGAACAAGAAAGGAAUUUAUUUCAGUGAAGCUAGCACCAGGAGGACAGCGGACUAAUGUCCUGAGAACUGUCUCCAAGGUGCUAAGUUUAUAUAGGGAAAACGCAGAGCAAAGAUCGGUGGGUACUCUGCAGCUGCGCGGCAGAAGGUCAGGUUGAUUAUUGCCUUGGGGUCAGUCAUGCAGGGUCUUGCUGGUGUCAGGGCAGUCCUUAUUGCUUGAGGGGGUAGUUUUGGUUCCCAACUGGAUAUUUUGCCCACUGGGUCCCUUGUCUGAGUUAACAGAUAAAGCUGGAGGGGGAAAAAACAACAGUCAAGAGGAACAGAUUUGAAGGCAAAAUGGAGUCAGGGCUAUGACUGGGUCUUCCUCCAAUCUCAUUGGAAAAGUCUUUUAAUUAUUGGGAAGCUAUCAGUGGCAGAUGUAAAGUUUUCCAAAAUGCUUGAAAGCUCAAAUUUUAUCAUUGGCAAUAAAUACUGUCAGUUGUUUUCCUUGAGGAAACAGGCUCACUUUGUUCACUUUUGUGAAGAUGACUGCCAAAAACCCAAGUUGGAAAAACCACAGUUCAUCAUUCUUGCAUGUAAAAAUGGUAGUCCAUGAAAAAACAGCUGGUUUAGCUCGCAACUCAGUUACACCAGUGCUUUUCUUCUAGACGAUUGUACUUCACUCUGCAGGAGCAGAGCGGUACUUGUGUACUUCUCGUUUUGUCACAAAAAACAUCAAAAAGACCUCUACUCGAGGCCUUGUUGAGGUUUAACAAAAGUAGUAAUUCCUACUGCUUGCUUCAUUAGUUACCUACUGUAACUGCUAGUCUGUGGUGGUGAAGAAUGCGGUGUUACUAGUUCUGUUUGCAGCCACUGCCUUGGUUGGGGCUCAGGUGCCUGCAGUUACCCCACAAUUGCUUUUGCACCAUUAGUGCAAAUGUCAGCACAGUCAAAAAGAUCAUGUCUUUGUGUUAUUAUAAAAAUAGUUUUGACCUCUCAGAAGUUCUUGGGGACUCCCAGGAGCCACUAAUCACACUUUGAGAUCCACACAUAAAGAUGCAUUGGGCCUUCCUCCCAGCAUUGUAUUUUUUCUUGCCAGCGGUCAACAUGCCUGCGUUCCGUGGCUUGUUAGUAAUACAGUCUGGAGUCUGUCUUUGUGAGGGGGACAACAAUGUACCGGUUCCAGGUAGUACUGAGGAGUCUCCAGGCAGGCAUUCAAUCAGCAUUCGUGUAAGAGCUCCCCAUUCCUCCAGUGUGCUCCUGGAGCCCAGGGGUUGCUGUAGCACAGCCUCCCUCCAUCUCUGCCUGCCUUAAGGUUUGUCCUGCUUACCUGCAGGCACUGUUGAAAUACCUUCCCUGGUCCUCUUAGGAGGACCCAUUUUCCUUUGUAUUUCUUACACAGUGUUUACUGUAUUGUUGGUUUGCAUCCUCGGUGAUUGUGUUUUAAAUGUCAAUCCCAAAAUGAGUUACUGUUUACUUUGUAAACUGUGUUGUCCAAAAAAGGGAAGGGCGUUUUGUAAAUGUUUUCUCAAUGUAAUGAAAUCAAAACCGAAAGCGAACAAAGUAAAACAAGGGUGCGUUAGUCGCACAUUUCCUGACUGCAAGCAUUGGAAUGAUCAGAAGUAGCGAACGCGGUUCACUGCUGUGGCUUUUUUCCUUGCUCACUGUAGCCUCUUGGUGCCCAAUAUUCAACAAAUAUUCAAAUUGGAGCUGGAGUUCUGAGCGGCCGGGUACUGUGUGUUCCCGCGGUGUGUUUGUACAUUGUUAAAAACCUGGCAGGAGAGCACUAGCCAGGAGCCUGCAGGCGGGGCUCGGCCGCGAGCGAGCGAGCGAGCACGCUGCGUCGGCGCCCGGGCUAGGUGCCCCCGCCCGGCGCAGCCUCCGGCUCGGGCCCGCGGAGCGCCGUGCCCAUUUAAGGAGGCGGACCAUACCACCAGAACUUUCUUGACAGGGGGUAUUCAGGCGAACUCGGACAACUUUCGGCGAGCCGAAAGACGAUUUUGCUUUUCUUCUAACGCAGGCCCGAGUUCUAGUGCCGCUCGGUGGGAGCUGUGCGCUGGUGGGCUUUGGACGUGGGCUUCUUAGGUUUCCCUUCUGCGAAAUCGCCCCGAGGGAUCUCACUGGCUCUGAAUUCGGACGCGACGUUCCCCGAGCUGGUCCAAAGUGUGGUUCGCCUGCAGAGGCCCCAGUGCCCGGAUGUCCAUCAGGAUUAGUGCGAGCCAAUACGGUCGGAGCCCGAGGCUGCGCUGAGGACGCCCGGGCUCGGGAGCAGGUAGUCCCGUAACACCGGGGAGUCGCGCUGGGGAGACCGUCCCCGCCCGGCCCCGGCAAAUGGUGAGCGCGGCGCUGACAGAAGGGCCGCGGGUUGAAGGCUCCGAUGGACAGAAGUCCUUGAGCUCUGUAAACUGAAUUAUGGCAGCCCAGUCAAGCUUGUACAAUGAAGACAGAAACCUGCUUCGCAUUAGAGAGAAGGAAAGACGCAACCAGGAAGCUCACCAAGAGAAAGAGGCAUAUCCUGAAAAGAUCCCCCUUUUUGGAGAGCCCUACAAGACAGAAAAAGGUGAUGAGCUAUCCAGUCGAAUACAGAACAUGUUGGGAAGCUAUGAAGAAGUGACGGAGCUCCUUAGUAGCAAGUCCCACCCUCAUCGUUUGGAUGCUUCUGAAAAUAGGUUGGGAAAGCCAAGAUAUCCUUUAUUUCCUGAGAAGGGGAGCAGCAUUCCAUCCCACUCCUUCCACACUAGUGCUCACCACCAGCCUGUUAACACUCCUGCCUCUGGACCACUUCCUGUUGGUAACAUUAGCCACAAUCCAAAGAUGGCACAGCCAAGAAUGGAACCAAUGUCAAAUCCUCAUGUCAAAAGCUAUGGCCCACCAGAUGGCCAGCAUCCAACCCAAGAUCGCCUUGGUCAGGAGGGGUGCGGCUCUAGUCAUCACAAAAAAGGUGACCGCAGAGCUGAUGGAGACCGUUGUGCUUUGGUGACAGACUCCGUUCCAGAGAGGGAGCUCUCUCCCUUCCUCUCCUUGCCUUCCCCAGUGCCCCCCCUGUCACCUGUACAUUCCAACCAGCACGCUCUUCCCAGGACACAAGGAAGCAGCAAGGUUCACAGCGGCAGCAGUAACAGUAAAGGCUGUUGCCCCGCCAAAUCUCCCAAAGACCUCGUGGUAAAGGUCCACGAUAAAGAGACUGCUCAAGACAGUUUGGUGACAGUCGCCAGCCUUGGGGUGGCCCCUCCCCAGCCACCUUCUCAGACUUUCCCCCCACCCCCCCUCCCUUCAAAAACUGUUGCAAUGCAGCAGAAGCCCACGGCUUACGUCCGGCCCAUGGAUGGUCAAGAUCAGGCUCCUAGCGAGUCCCCUGAGCUGAAGCCGCGGCCAGAGGAGUACCGGCAGCAGACCUUUGAAAAAACCGACUUACAAGUGCCUGCCAAAGCCAAGCUCACCAAGCUGAAGAUGCCGUCCCAGUCAGCGGAGCAGACCUACUCCAAUGAAGUUCAUUGUGUUGAAGAGAUUCUGAAGGAAAUGACCCAUUCGUGGCCGCCUCCUCUGACAGCAAUACACACGCCUAGUACAGCUGAGCCCUCCAAAUUUCCUUUUCCCACAAAGGAUUCUCAGCACAUCAGUUCUGCAACCCAAAACCAGAAACAACAUGAUACAUCUUCAAAGACCCACACUAACUCUCAGCAGGGAACAUCCAUGCUUGAAGAUGACCUUCAGCUCAGUGACAGUGAGGACAGUGACAACGAACAAAGCCCAGAGAAGCCUCUCGCUGCCUCUGCACCUCCAAGUGCUCCGCAGUCCCUUCCAGAAGCAGCGGCCUCAGCACAUUCCAGCAGUGCCGAGUCAGAGAGCACCAGUGACUCAGACAGCUCCUCGGACUCGGAGAGCGAGAGCAGCUCAAGUGACAGCGAAGAGAAUGAGCCCCGAGAAACGCCGGCUGCUGAGCCUGAGCCUCCUACAACAAACAAAUGGCAGCUGGACAACUGGCUGACCAAGGUCAGCCAGCCGGCAGCACCCCCGGAUGCGCAGGGGAGCACAGAGCCCCUGCCUCGGCAUCCCGACAGUAAGGGCAAGGGUGGAGGCGACAGCGGCGGCCCCGCCCCUGGUCCCGAGCGCUCGGAAUCCAAAGAUCCUCCCCUAAGAAGCUCCAGCAAAGCCCCUCGGGGCGCCUCUGAAGGCCCCCACGCCGGCAAGAGAAGCUGUCAGAAGUCGCCCGCGCAGCAGGAGCCGCCGCAGAGGCAGACGGUCGGAACCAAACAACCCAAGAAGCCCGUCAAGGCCUUGGCCCAGGGAGACUCACGGGCGGGCCUGCAGGUGGAAACUGAGCCGGGACCCCCUCCGUACGGCUCCAAAGAGCAGCCUUCCAAAGACAAGCCCAAGGUGAAGACGAAAGGGCGGCCCCGUGCGGGAGACAGAGAGCCCAAGCCGGCAGCGCCCAGCCCCGGCGAGCAGAAGAAGCACAGGAGCGGGCCGCUGGCCCCGUCCAAGGCGCUCUCGGACCCCGAGCCCACGAAGGACAAUGCGGGGGCCAGGAGCCCCGAGCACUUUGCCCUGGUUCCCCUGACCCAGAGCCAGGGCCCACCGCACAGCGGCGGCGGCAGCGGCAGCAGGACUAGUGGCUGCCGGCGCGCUGUGGUCAUCCAGGAGGACCGCAGGAAGGACAAGCUUCCGGGGCCUGCAAGAGACCCCAAGCUGCUGUCCCCACUCAGGGACACUCCUGCCCCGCCGAUCUUGAUGGUGAAGAUAACCCUGGACCUUCUUUCUCGGAUACCCCAGCUUCCUGGCAAGGGGGGCCGUCCAAGGAAACCCGAGGACAAGCAGCCUCCCGGAGGGAAGAAGCUCGAUUCGGAGAAGAGAGGCGCAGACAAUUCAAGCAAGUUGGCCAAAAAAAGAAAGGCUGAAGCAGAGAAAGACCAUGAUAGCAAGAAAGCCAGACUGGAGAAAGAAACCAAGUCACAGUCAUCGUCUUCAUCCUCCCACAAAGAAUCUUCGAAAACGAAAACAUCCAGGCCCUCCUCUGAGCCCUCAAAGAAGGAAGUGCUUGCCCCCCCACCUGUGUCAUCCUCCUCCUCUUCUACUGCCUCCUCCUCCUCCUCCCAGAAGCCAGCCAAGCCUGCACAAAAGAGGCCAAGGCGGGAAGCCGACCCCUGCAGCCAGGACCCUCCCCAAAGUGCCAGUAGUAACAAGGGCAACCACAAAGACUCUUCUGCUCCCAAGCACAGAAAAGUAGAGGGGAAGGGAUCUGGAAGCUGUACCGAGCACAAAGGAUCUUCUGGAGAUGCUGCGAAUCCUUUUCUGGUGCCUUCUUUGCCAAACGGUAACUCUAAACCAGGGAAGCCUCCGGUGAAGCUCGACAGACAACAAGCCGAUUUUCACAUGAAGGAGGCCAAAAAGUUGAAGCAAAAAGCAGAGUUAAUGACUGACAAGGUUGGGAAGGCUUUUAAGUACUUGGAGGCCGCCUUGUCCCUUAUUGAGUGCGGGAUUGCCACAGAGUCGGAAAGCCCGGCGUCCAAGUCGGCUUACUCGGUGUACUUGGAAAGCGUAGACCUCAUUAAAUUUAUAAUGUCGUUAAAAUCCUUCUCAGACGCCUCAACUCCACAAGAGAAAAUAUUUGCUGUUUUAUGCAUGCGUUGCCAGUCCAUUUUGAACAUGGCGAUGUUUCGUUGUAAAAAAGACAUAGCAAUAAAGUAUUCUCGUGCUCUUAACGAACACUUCAGCAGUUUUUUCAAAGUUGCCCAGGCACCUUCUCCAUCCAGUGCAAGAAGCACAGGCACACAGUCCCCUCUCUCUCCAAUGCCUUCUCCUGCCGGCUCCAUCGGGUCCCAGUCAAGUGCUGGCAGCGUAGGGAGCAGUGGCAUGCCUGUCACCAUCCAAAACAUGACAUCUUCUUACGUCACCAUUACUUCUCAUGUCCUUACCGCCUUCGAUCUUUGGGAGCAGGCCGAGGUCCUUACAAGGAAGAAUAAAGAAUUUUUUGCUCAGCUCAGCACAAGUGUGUGCGCCUUGGCCCUCAACAGCAGCUUGAUGGAUCUGGUGCACUAUACAAGACAGGGUUUUCAGCGGCUAAAACAAGCAACCAAAACACCUUAACGGAGGCCCAAGUCGAUUUGAUGGCUUGGGAACUUUUUUGCACAUUGAAAGCCUCAAAAACAGUUCAGACAUUUGUCUCAUCAAGACACCAAACUCGAGAAGAGAAGCACCAUGAGAUGGCCAGGACAUUUGUCCACUUAAACUUUCAAGAACUUAUAUGAUUGUUGGUUGGACAUGGUGGUUAUGCAGAAGCGGAAAGGAGGAGGCUGGCCUCAGAGAUGAUCUUGCCUUUCCUAACGAAAGGACAGAAGUGCAAUGUAGACUCGGUGGGCGUAUGAGUGGUCUAGAAACAUUUCCGUACUUUUUUUAACCAGCAGGAUGCAAAUGGCAGAUGAAAUGAGGAGAAGCAGUUUCAGCUCUGAGAGCAAGUUCAUGUCAUCUCAGUAGCCACCCUAGUCUAUUCCCAGAAGGAAAUUUUUUAAACAAUGAAUUUUGGUGUGGGGUUUUGUGGAUGAUUUUUUUUUUUCUUUUAAGUUUAGGGGGAAAUAUUUGUUUAGUAAAUUCUAACGGUCAUCUAUAAAGCAUAAGUUGUGAAGGACUCUACUGUACCCCACUUUCUGCCCAUGAACAGUGGCUUUGAUAAUACCAAGUAUUGUCACAAUUUAUAAAAUCGAAGGCAACUCCCCCCCCACGGCCCCCUUCCCUGGAGUACCGCGCGUUCACCGUCACUGCUGGGAGUCAGCCUAAGUCCAAGCAGUGGAGGGAGGAGCUGCCGCCCAUGGGGAAGCCAUCUUGAGAGCGUGUGCACGAUGGAGGUCAUGUCGCUGCCAUCCCCACCCCUGCUUCAGCAAAAGGCAGUCACCACUGACUAUGUUCUGAAUUUUCUACCCUGGGGAAGAAGGGAACCAACAUUUAUACCCGACCAGAUGGCUAAAGUGCUUUUUAACUUUUGUUUAAGUAGAGCUGGAAUUUGAGGUGCUGAUCUGUGGUCUACAGUUAUGUGGUAACUCGUGUUGUUUAACCAACUCAGAAUUUUGUCAGCAAACAAAGGAAAAUGAAAUCUACUUCUUAGAGAGGCUAUAUUUUUCUGCUACAGAUUAUUUUAUAUUUAUAGCAAAAGUAGACUUUCUGAGCCCUUGAUUGUUUAGGGUAAAUUAACUCCCUGAGAGGAUGUGAAGAUUUGGAUGGUUAAUUAGACUAAAAAAAUAAAAAAUAAAAAAAAAAAUAAAUUGUCACCACAUGCCUUCACUCCAAAGUGUUCUCAAUCAACUAGAUUUGAUUGGAUUGAAGAGAAACUGUGGCCUUCCCAUAUGUAGUUAUUGCCAUAUUAUAGACAUUAAACCAAGUUCAUAGGGAAUGACCUAAAAUGAAAGAACACAAUCAAAAUUCCCACAUAGCCAUAAGCACAGAUUUUUUUUAUUGAAACUUUGAAGGUUAUCGGAAGCAUUAUUUUAUUUUGAGUGCAGUGUUUUUAAAAGCCAAUUCUUGAUAUCUCUGUUAGAAGUAGAAUUUGCACGUGUAUUAAAAUGAGGAGUGAGUGUUACCACCACCGUUGGUUCUUUUUUCUCUCCCUUCAUCCCAUUCUGCCCCUCUGCACUUUGUUUCCUGCCCAGAAUGUUUGUCAUUUUCAUACUAUUAAGAAGGGAGUGCCAUCUUUAUAAUGCAGAGGUCGAAAGUCCCUACGAGGAAUGUAAGAACUUGGCGAUUGGGUCAGUACAUAAAGGGAUGUGUAGAGGACGGGAGUGGUGAGGAUUUUUCACGUAUGAAUUGUCCGUGUGAAGCCGUUCCUUCAGUGUCUUUUCCAGAAAGCCUGUUCUUCGUUAUCAGUAGCUAGUUCCGAGGUUUGUUACCUCGGGUUCAGGUGAAAGCCAGAGAGGUACAGCAGUAGAGUGUGAGCGUGAGGACGGUGUGUGUGAUCUCGAUGGACCGAUUUCAUUCCCUGAUGUUCUAAAGCAAGGCCAUUUAACAAAACCUUUUGUUAACUGAGCAGUAAUUGUCUGGUGGCUUGUGGCAUCGUGUCCGUCUCUUAUAUGUGUGAAACAAGACACCAGAAUCAGGUUUAUGUGGUUAUUUAAUGUCCUUUUUCCCCUUAUUCACUUGGCCUUCUCUGCCCCCUUUACCCCACCGAUCCCCAAUACAAGUCACCUGUCAAUUUGGGAGGGUAUGUCUUUUUCGGACAGGUUCUGAUCUAUGCAGACUGUGUUGAAGUGUGUGUGUGUGUGUGCGCGCGCCGUCAGUGAGCAACAGUGCUUCUGUGACUGAAGACAUUUCUGAGUCGAUUUCUCAGCCACUUCUAAAAAAAAAAACAAAAAAAAACCUGAUUGCUUUUUCAGUGGCCUUAUUCUUCGUGUGUAGUGUUUUUCUCCCUGACCUUUAUAUUAAAAAUUUAUUUGUCCCUUGAAAAAUGGAUCAAUUUGCAGAGAUCAAUUUGUAGUAUUUUGAACAUGGAAUAUUUCCGAUUCUUACUGCAUUGUACUUAAAGAGGAUUCCCAGUGGCUACUUUUUAAAUAGAGUAUGUGAAAAAUAGUGGCUGAUGAAUCCUUAAUGUUCAUAAGGUCUUUUUCCUGUUACAGUUGUAUAUAGAAAUCUAAAUUUUUAAAAUCACUGCACUUUUUCACUGCAUGCUUAAAUUCCCAAAAGCAGAAUUUGUACUGAGGUAGAUAAUCGAAAGGACUAGAUUAUAAAAUGAGACAAAUACAAAACAUCUUAAGGAGUGAAAAUUGAGUGUAAAAUCUUGCCUUUGGCACUACAGUUUCGUGUGUGUGUGUUGUGUGUGUGUGGUGUGUGCCUGUCUGUCUGUCUGUCUACUAGGAAAUGGAAGAACACUGUUUUACUUUUUAAAAUGUUGAAUGUUUCUGUCCUUUCUGGAGAUAAUUAAAAUGUGAAUCACUGAACUUGAGAUUUUAGCCAGACUAGGGGCCCUGCUAAAGACUGAAAAACACUUCACUGAAAUUUACCAAAUGACACUGGGUUAAGAAUGUGAAAACAUUCACCACAUGCCAGUUGUGGUGAGGAAGUGGGGGUCCAGCAGGCAUAUUAUCAGGACGAGAACUGCAGUUGAAUGACUUCUAGGAUACACUCAGUGCUGAAUGAUACUGAAUGAAUCUGAUUUUUUUUUUUUAAAUAAAAGGACCUUUAUUUUAUAGAUCUGCUUUGACCAGGAUAUUUAGCUUUUUCCCUUAGACAAA